CCAGUCAUUCCAGUUUCACUCUGAAAUGCCAAAAUAAUGAAACAACUGGCGUUAUGUGCAAUUAUUUUGUUUUUCUGGUUUUGAUUGUUUACAUUAAGGUUGAGGGAGGGAACCAACACAGGAGAAGCGAGGACAAAAAAGAAAGUGAUAACAAUGACAACAGCUUCAUGCGGCUCCAGAAAAGCCACCAAGAGAGUCUGGCAGAUUUUCAAGCAAGCAACGAAGACAGUUUGUCGUGGAGAACGUAUUUUUGGGACGCAUUCUCGAACGUCUUCGUGGUUCAGCAAGAAAGAAAAUACAGAAAUCUUACUGCCAACUUACCACACCUCGUCCGAGUAAGGCGCUCAAAACGACGCAAAUUUGUCGUCAAGUGUUGCGGGUCGAAUUCCUGCUCUGAGGAGAGCGCCGACAGCUACGAGAGGCGACAAGGCGAAAAAGCGCGCAAGCAGCAAGAGACAAACAUCGUGAACGAGCUGCAGUACAAGAGAAGGCGGCAAAUGAAGAAAAAUCCGCAAAGGAACCUGAGCCAGUUGCAUGCGUACGGAGUCCUCACCGAGGCCGGCAUCCAUAUUUCCUGCUCGGGAUGCCCUUCAGGGUGGCCUGACAUGCUCACCGUCUACCCUGACUACGAGUUAGGCAUCCCUGUGAGUUGCUUCAACUGUCCAAACAACUGGCCCGGCGCGCUGAACCUUCUGGGCGUCGGAGGCGACCCUUCGUGGACCACCAACCAGCCCUCUGGCUUUGGUCAAGGAGGGGGCGGGGGAAAUAAUUUCAACGCCUUUGAUACUGGCAGCAACUUCGGCGGGGGCGGCAAUGGGGCCGGCAGUGUUCCACCUUUAAACGGGGGCGGCGGGGACGGACCUGACUACGGGGAACCUACAGAUGAAUAUUCUGACCAGUAUGAUACUGAGCCGACUUUAAUGUUUACCAAGGGCCAAGGAUUGUCAACAGUUGCGUCUGCAGCCCAGCCGGCUCAGGAAAGUGGAACAAGUCAAAAUGAUGACACGACCACUGAAAGUGAAUAUGAGGGCGACGGAAGCGACACUUAUUAUGAUGAAGAAGAUGAAACUACAAACGAGACUACGCUGGCUUCCAAGUCUGAAAUAACAAAUAAUGUCAAAACAACACUUGGAGCAGCCAAAGGGACAGCUGGGACAACUACUAAAGAGUUAACAACUACCGAUGUAGAAAGUAGUGCCGAUGAUGCAACUGAAGCAGGGGACGAAGAAGACACAAGUGAGCUUAAUUCUACAGCGGAUGCCACAUCCCAGCCAGCAGAAGAGGGAGUAGAUUUUGGGAGUAAAUGAAACCAGUUUGAUAACGUGCAUAUUAAAAAAUUUCAAUUCUAUUGGUGUAUAAUACAAAAUCUAUGCAAUCGUGGAAAUUUGAAAACAGAAUGUCUUUGGCAAUCACAAUAAUAAACAGCUAGAAAGAUUCUGAGGGAAAGCUCUUGGCAAGAGCAUUGCUAAAUUUAAAAUUAACGCAUUUUCGUGAGCAAUACAUUGCAUCGAAACCCCUGCCCAGGUUACAAUAAUUAAUGGAAGAUGUGAAUACAACACAAGGACAUGUCUGUACCACUGGCAAGAAAGGAAAUCAUUACAGUCUUGUGAAUAGUUAUCAAAUAAAUUUCCUUCGCUGAAACAA